GUUAUGUGAGUGUUGAGGGUGGAAGCAAGCUAGAUUUUCUUUUGUGUUUCUUUGCAGGAGCUGAUUGCCUUCAGUCAAAUUCUGAUCUCUGUGAUUCGAGUUGUGCAGCAUUUCCUACCGCUGACAUGUCCUAUCAGAAAGGGGUGAGGUAUACUUACAGGUAUAGAACCGCAAUCACCACAUUACUGCACGGAUUGAACCCCGGGAGAAAUGGAUUAAUACUGGACUGUGUGGUUGAUAUUGAUGUUGUCUCCAAGUGUCAUCUAAUGAUGCAGAUAAGAAAUCCACAGAUGAAGCAUCUUUCCCAUCAAAAAGAACACUCUGUGCCUAACUUAAAAAGUUUGAGGGAGUCGCUGGAGAGAAUGCCAGUGAAGUUUUCCCUCCAGGGGGGAAAGAUCUUUGGCCUGUGUAUCCAGGAGGGAGAGCAGGUGUGGACGUUGAACAUUAAAAGGGCUCUUCUGAGCAUGCUCCAGACCUCCCACACAGCCACGAAGCGUUCAGAAAUGGAGACCGAUGUGCAUGGUACAUGUACCAGCUUGUAUGAGAGGCGAGAACGAUUACUGUUGAAAACCAGGUUUCUGAAUCAGUGUCAACAAUUGAGGCUGGCACAUUUCUUCACCCAUUCUGUUGCUGUAACUGGAGACACGUCAGUGCAAUCAGAGCUACGCUGCGUUCAGACCUAUGGCUCUGCAGUUAUGGAAGAGGUCAACUGUACCGAAACUUUAUCCAUAGCAACAUGGUCCAAGACCUCAGGGCAGGUGAAGACGCAAACCGAGUCAACUUUGCUGCUGCUCAGAGCCCAGCCUGGCACUGUUGCGGGACUAGAUUUUUUAGGUUUUUGGACACAAACCGAUCUGCCGUUUGAGGACGAAGGAGCUGCAAAACCUUCAAACAUUUUCAUUCCUCAAGUCAGUCAAAGUAUCCAGAUGUUGUGUAGUGUCACAUCACGACCACAAGAGGUGUCACAUUGGUUUCUUCAGUUGGCUUUUCAGCUUCGAGAGCUGACUCUACCGCAGCUCAAGACACUUUGGCAAGAAAUGUCUUUCAAGUGCCGCAAUGACUGGCAACCCUUGUUGGAUGUAUUACCUGCUUGUGGCUCAGAAAACUGCAUCAUACUACUGACCGACCUAAUGAAGGGGAAAGAACUGGAGGAUGAACAGACUCAUUCUUUUCUCACUACCAUCGCCCUCAUCCCUAAUCCAUCACGACAGAUCAUACACUCCCUCAAUACUUUAUUAGAUGUCCAAGAGUUGAGAGACAAUGCUCUGUUGGUUGGAUCCUCUCUGAUCCAUCAACUAUGCCAUCAGUCCACUACUCCCUGCAUUGACCUUCCUGAGGUCCAGACCUUCAUACAGACACUAGAAGUACCCUUGAAGGAAGGCUGUGAAGCACAAACUCCCACCAAAGUAAAAGAGCUUACUUAUGCAAUGAAAGCCGUGGGCAACAUGGGCCUGGCAGCUUCAACUUUCAUCCCGCUGUUAAAUCACUAUGGACUCGACCACUCAGUACCUUUGGAGUUGCGACUAGUCGCCAUAAAAGCCUUCAGACGCUUUGAUUGCUCAGCUAAUAGGACUUUGUUGUUGCAGCUGUACAGCUCCUCCCUGGAGGCUCUGGAGGUCAGAAUUGCGGCAUACCAGGAGCUCAUGCACUGCCCGGAUCAGGAUGUCUUUGAAGCGGUGAAGGUGACCCUAAGAUAUGAAAAAUCCAGCCAAGUGGGCUCAUUCGUAUGGAGUCACCUAACUAAUAUAUUGAGGAGCGAAGACCCCAUGAAGCAGAGCCUCGUCGAUUCUCUGCCUGAUGACAUAAUCAGCAGAGAUUUUGAAGCAGAUUUUUUAAAAUACUCUUCCUAUUCAGACUACACGGCCACAAAUGGCAUGGGAAUGACAAAUGUGGAAACAACUGUCAUUUUCUCCCCCAAAUCAUUUCUUCCAAGCCGUGUCUCCGUCAACCUGACGCUGUAUUUUCAUGGUAGAGCCAGCAACCUUUUAGAAGUGGAUCUUCACAUUGAGAAUGCUGAACCACUUGUGAAGAGCAUUUUAGGUCAUUUUAAUCCCUCCAGAACUGGAGCCUCGACUUCCUCAGAUCACUCGGGAUCCAAAGAGGCAACGAAGACGAGACGAAAAAUAAAUGAAGACCGUAUAGGAGGGAAAGACUCGUGUUUAUCCAGCUCCAACAGUUAUCUGAAGCAGGCCAGGGCGUUGUUAAUGACAAGGAAAAAAAUGGAAGAUGGCCUGAAGUGUUGGGUUGGUGUGAAAGUGUUUGGCAAUGAGCUUAGUGUGUUGACAUGUGACAAUCUCUAUGCUCAAAUCAACCAAAUGUCACUUAGCGCAGCAGGACUAGGUAUCAAAUUACUCAAGGGUCAUGAGGUUCAGUUGAACCACAGGGCUGUGCUCUUCACAGAUGAGUUGGUUCUGCCCUCCUUGUCUGGCUUACCUGUGAAAAUAGCCACUAAUAUGACUUCAUUUCUUUCACUCCGGGUCAAAGGAAACAUCAACUACAGAGAUGCAUCUCACUUCUCACUUGCUGGUUACAUUAAACCCAAUGCUUAUGUAGGCCUGAAAGCCAGAAUGGGGGUUGAUGGCACCCUGGGUCAUGCUGCUGUAGAGUGGAUGUCUGAACUAGUGAGCUCCACCAGUCUGGAUGGGAGUGUCCACAUGCAGGAGGGCCAAGAUCUCAGGGUCACACUUAACACUCCAGAGGAUGCCAUGGACAUUGUGUCUCUGAGCUCCCGAGUAUUUCAACUGAGUGGUGAUCACAGGGAGGAGAUUAAAGGUCCAAAUAGUUCCAUCCAGGAGACUGCCUGCACACCAAAGACCUGGUCCAAGAUGGUCGGGUGGCAAUUAUGUGCCAAUGCAUCCUAUCCACUAGCUUCUGGGAGCAUCUCGCUCCCGCCCUCAGGUCCCACCCACCUCUCCGUUAGGCUGCUGAAACUGGACAGAGGUCUCCAUUACUACUUGCUUGAAGCUGCCUACUCAAUGGAUUCACUGGUAGAUAGAUGGUUUCCAAGUGAGGCGUCUGUCCACUUCCUUCUGGCUACUCCAAAGUCAUCUAUCCCCAGGGACAUGUCACUUGACCUAGCGUUCAACCCUCACAGAUUUCUGCUUAGAGUAUCUCAUCCUCUAAAAAGUAUCCUCCUACAAGGGCAGCUUGAACAAGAGAACAGUAUAAAGAGUGCAAAACUUGAGCUGACUGUUGAUGGGGUUCAUUAUUAUGUUAUGGGUUUGGUGGAUAAGCAGACACUCAUCUCAGAGCUCAGGACACGCUAUCACUUUGAAGCCAAAAUGCCUACAAAUAGAAAUCCCAUCAUCCUCUCUGCCAACGUUACCUGUGGAAUGGGUAGAAAGAUGAGCUUUUCUGCCACAGUGAAGAAUGUGUUUAGAGUACCUGCAUCGCUUUCAGUGGCUCUGGAGCGAAGGAGGGACAGCCAAAGCAAGCAGUACUCUCUGGAUUUAGAACUUUUCUUACCUGGUGUGGUUGGAAGCAGAAUGCUGGGACUCGUGGAGCAGAAAGGCAUGCUGUGGAGCUCUGCGCUUCGCCUCAAAUAUGGUCUGGGUGGUGACUCCCGGCGCCUGCAUCGGGAGUGCCACACAUCGCAGAGUGCGAAGAGUGAGAGGCACGCUAACCUCACGUACACAAUGAGAGCGGAUCACGAGUUCUACUGCUCCAACACGCCUCCUAUAAACCACAAAAUCCACUUCCGGCAUGACGAAAGCCUAAGCCAGGUAAAAUCAUCUGUUGAUAUCAGCUACGGUAAACACUGGGACGAGAUCAACAACAAACACAUACUACUUGUGAGCCAGUCCUUCAAAAACCACUCGACAGAAAACCACACAAGCUACACACUAGAGUUUAAUUUACAGAUUCCAGAAAAAGAUUUAAAUUACCGCACCCAGCUAAUGCACUCCUACCUUAGACAGCGCGGAUCGGAGAGCAGUACUCACCUUAAAAUCAACUACAACAACUUGACGCCACUUGUGGCCGGUUUACACUGGAAAAGCCCUCAACAUGACACCCCACACAAGAAAUGGGAAGGAACGUUUAAUAUGGACACUCCUUGGCUGUACAUUUACACUACCCACAAGCUGAGUAAGCACCAUCGCCACACACUGCAACUCAACUCUGAACUGACCGCCAACAAAUGGGUGACUGUACGCAACCUCAUCCUGGAGGCUUCCUACAGGGACAGGGGCCGGGAAAAGGAGGCCCGUUUCAAGCUCCACACUCCAGCUGUCACAUUCUUGCAUGUAGGAGGACUGGCUUUCAUGGGAAAGAAGAAUAUGAAAGCCUCGUAUUCCCUAAGCUCAAUGUGGAUCGCUCCCCUGAGAGGAGACAUCUCUCUGGACACCCUGAAAUCCGGUCUCACCUUGCAGAUGUCCUCCAGCUACAGCAAACAAAAUAUCACUGUUUCAGCUGCCCUGAACACCAUUGACAAGCUUUUGAAAAAGAGACAAGCGAUAUUGAGGGUGAACUUUUUGGAGCCCAACAGUCCUCCUACUGAGUUUGAGUUUGAAGGGAGAGUGGAGGACCUGAAGAAGGACAUAAAGAUGUACCAAAAAACAGCAUUUUUCCAUCUUAGACAGCCUUUCAAGACAUUUCCUCAGAAGCUUCUCCUUAGGGAGACUUUUACCGUGGACUACCUGAAUGGCCUUUACAUCCUUGAAUCAGGAGCUGUUUUUUAUAGCACUAAAGAGAUCACUCACACUCUGACUGUUGGAUACAAAUUACCAAACCCUUUUGUUUGCUCUGCACUGAUCCAUCCUUUCAACACAGAAACAUUUCCAUCAGACUCUGAGAUCUGUGUUACCAUGUCCAGCAACCAAACACACAAAGACAUUCAAGGAAGGUUGCGAGUCAACAGUCAAGAGAAGCUGAGUUUCUUUGGGCAAAUCCUUUUAAAUUCAUCUCACACGACUCAGCAAGUGCUGAGAGUUCAAGCCAACGUCACCCAUCAGCUCCAGCUGCAAAUCCCCUCUUUUGCGUUGGUGGAGGGAAAUGUGUUCUGGAGCCCCAAAAACAACACAGACUUUGAUUAUCUACUUCGAGGGAGACUGAAAAUUGAGCGACAGGAAUGUCAACUUUCAAUGCAGCUCAAUAGAACUGCAGACAGAAUUCUUCUCUAUUCAUCUCUCAGGCAUCCUUUCAAGUCGAAAAUUCCCAGAUCUCUCGAGGCAAAAGCCACUGCUGACAUGUCCGCAGCGGUUGGUAGAGGAAGUAGCUCAGUUCGUGUGAAGGCUGAUGGGAAGGACAGGCUGAUACUGGAUGCCCAAAUAUUCCACUCCCUCCUUCAAGAAAACAAAACUAUGCUAUUGAGGCUGAAUUUAUCGCAGAGUUUGCUACAUGGGCUCACUGACUUGCAUGUGAAAAUGGCUGCCAACAUGUCCCGACACAGUGUAUCCCUGCAUGGUUCCUAUACAGAGGGACACAACACGCUGUUGGCUCAAGUGAAAGGGUCUCUUAAGAACAGCAGUGGUCUACAGCUUUCAGUAUCAGGGAAGAUGAGGCAUUCAAUGGCUAACCUCGCUAUUCUGCCUUCCAUCAUUAGAUUAGAUGGCGUAUUGGGACUGUCUGACAGCAUAGCUGAAGGACAAGUAAGAGUCAGAGUGAAGGAGACUCUUUACAGCGUGGAUCUGAGGCAUCAGGAGGAAACGGAGGAACGUUCUCAUAUGGUGGAAAGGAAAGUCUCUUACACCCAUAGCUGGAUGUGUUUUUUGUCGCGGACUGAGAAUUUCUGCGUAAACAUGAGUAGGCAACUGGAAAAAAAAGGGACGGGUGAGGUCUACGUCCAGCUAUCUCACUCAUCCCAACAACUCAAUGCUACAGGUCUACCUACUACUAGUAGUGUGCAGGUGAGUUGGGACCAGGAUGAAAGUACCGGUAGAAUGUCAGCCUUCGCAGAAUUGCAGGCUGGACCCGAACAUUUAAAAGCUGAGUUCCAUGGCGGCAGGUCAAACCAGCUCAUUCCGCGAUGGGAUAUCUUCUCAACAUUGCAGCACAGAUUCAAAGCUCUUCAGAGAAGAGGAAUAUCAAGCUCCAUGGAAGCCGCAGCACAUUGCCAGAUAAAUAACAUCUGGUUGGACACAGGGCUAAUCCUUCACACAGAAGAAGAAAAAAUGAUUGACACCCUUUUAGUUGUUGGAUUGAAAAACAACACAGCUGUAUUCAGAGCAUCUCUCAGGCAACAGAUAAAGCUGCUGCAGGGGGUCAUACCUGCGACGUUGCAGCUGAACUGCGCAGGGGGCGUGGCUACAGACCAUCUUUCUGCACAGUGCGAUGGAGAUGUGGCAGGUCACCAAGUCGAGACUCUCCUCCCUUCCGAGACAUCAAUGAACUUCUCCGUCAGGCAUUCUGGUUCAUCUACAAAUCUCAGCAUUGAUCUCCUGGCUCAGAAUGAACAGAAAGGCGGCAUGAUGCUCUUGCUUAAUUUUCAGCCUCGUCUUAGUUUGAAUGCAUCAGUCCACCACUCCAUAGAGGCAAUACAUGCACUGGGGUUUCCUUCUCAUGCAACGCUGGUCCUCAGUGUCUUCGCCUCACACCUGCCUGUUGUGAACGUUGUUCUGGAGAUUGGAAACUGUCAUUUCAGUGGCCAUUUGGAUAAGACCAAAUCUUCAGAGGCAGAGAAGAAGGGAUUUUCUUAUAGUGUGAAUGUGGCCCAUUACUGCCCUGUCUUACAGAGAACAAUCAUUCCUGUGACUAUGGUUCUUCAGGGGUCUUUGUCAGGGUACUCAUGUAGCCGUGUCUUCAACACAUCCGUAAAGGCAGACAACCAGUACCUCAGUGUUGAGCUACGGGAAAGUUUCAGCUCCCCACAUCUCUCAGCAACCCUUACACACACUUUCACAGGGUUGAGGAGCCGAGGCGUGCCUCGGAUGAUCAGGAUCGAGGCCACUGUGCCAGGUGGCGCUGAGAAGACUGGGGCUCUGUUCAUAAAAGCCGGAGCCUCUCAGGCCCAGCUGAAUGGAACAGUCUGGCAGGAUAGUGAGGGUAAAUGGGUAGCCGUGGUGGACGCAAAUUUGGACGGUAAAAGGAGUUUCCUGCAGCUGGUUGCACACUCAUGGCCAGAGUUAAAUGUGGAGGGUGAGCUCAGGCACAAGCUCACUGCUCUCGGAAAUUUCCCCGAACACAGUAAAAUAAUAAUAACAAGCAAACUUGGGGAACAGCAGUAUGCCACUGAGGCCCUUGUUCUAUUAGAUGAAUGUGCUGUGAGAGCCAGAGGAUUUGUGAUGUCACGUUCUGGCCUGCGGGGGUCACUUGUGUAUCACAAUAACUGCAGUCUAAUUCAGGAUUGGGGCAGUCCAGAUAUGAUGCAAGCCUCUGGGUCCUUGGUUGUGACCCCAACUCUUGCAGAAUCUCAAGUCACUUUGGCAAUUGACAAUGCAGAGUUACAUUCUUCAGUUGCUCUAAAGAAAACCAAGGAACAAAAUGAAGCAUCACUUCAUUUCAACCACACCAUACCCCUGUUAAAGAGGCUUGGUCUCAUGGCAAAAACUGAUGUGUCUUUGAGUUCCGGCAAUCAUGGGAAUCAGUCAUGUUAUUACAGGAUAUCCUGCAAUGUACAGAACCAAAACUUCAAUCAAGAGAUGACCAUGGAGAAAGCCUUUCAAACAGUUACUGUGAAAACCCAUUUCAGACAUUCAAUGAACUACCUGAAUAAAAUGGGCCUCCCUGGAAACAAUCAUAUCCAGGUGGAGAUUUUGUCCUCCGAAGAGAAAGCCCUGUCUGUAAAGUUUCAAUUUGGACACCAGCAAGCAGGAAUGAGACUAAAUAUUAAAUGUUUUCCCAUGACCAAAGAGAUAAGAGCAAUAAUGUGGCACAGUUUCCCGUGGCUACAGCAAAGAGGAAUACCGCAUAACAUUGAGGGAUUAUGUUCCACUCAAGGGAUGUCGUCCCAGCUUCAGUCCAGGGCUCACUUUACCAUAGACGGGCACAAGCAACUCGACUCGGGUGUGAAUGUGAGCUGGGUUGAUGGGCAUCUGGCCGUACUUCUCUCCUACUCUCCCUCACCUUCUACUCAAACGCGGAAAUCGUUCCGUCUCAACACUGCCGUGACUGUGCAGUUUAAAGGUCCUAUGAGGAUCAUUUCAGUCUAUGCUGAUAAUCAAGACUGUAGGGUUCGAUUGGUUGUAGAUGUGGCAGGAUGGGGGUUACAGGAAGUGUCCAAAGAAACCAGAGUUACUUUCAAACACACCACAAAUGGAGACGCCACUCCUGUCUUUCAAUUUGAAGCCUGGGGAAGGCUCUCUGGAACACAGCUCAAGUGCUCCAUGGCACUGAACCCUGAACUCAUGUCCUCACUUGCAAUCAUCAUCCAAGGGCAUCAUCUGCCCAACAGCAAGGACCUGUUGGUGAAGGUGGUCCAGAGCAUUCCUAGGAUGCAGAUCUACUUGCCAUCACAGCUCAAUUUCCACUCACAGUUUAACCAAUCUCAGUCCAGUGUCGGAGGUUUGUUGGAGGUGUUGUCCGGUAAGAGACGGCUGUGGACGGUUGGGGAGUUAGCAGUGAUUGACAGCGGAUACAGACAAUCUCUAGAGCUCAAACACUCCUAUCCUCAGUUGAAGAUGCUUCCAAGGACUGUUGCAGUAAAGACUGUGUUUGAAGCCCGGAACUGGAGUUACCUAGUGCAACAUGCAGGCUUGUGGGGAAAGCAGGAGUUCGGUUUGUUGGGUCUUUACAUGGCACCUCCUUCACUGGCGAGCGGCAAUCAGACGCUUAAAGUUCAAAUCCAGUGCCGGCCCCGUUUGACCAGUUUGGAGGUGACACUAGAGCGCUCCCCCCAAGGUCAUCUGGACAACGUUUCACUAGGCUGGAUGAGACACGGUCGAUUGGAGCAGGUUAGAGCUCUGAGUUUGUGGAGUCGAUCGAAGGAAAUGAAUGAGACCAAGUUGGAGCUGAAGCAGCCUUUCUCCUCAUCGCUCAGCCGGCUUUCCCUUCACACACUCUCACAGUGCUCUGAGAAAGAGCAGCGCAGCAUCCAGCAGACCCAUCUGUCUUGGUCUAGUGGAAACCCAGUCAACGUUUCCUUCAGCCUAAACAAACGAUGGCAGCUUAACUCUAGCAAGGAGCAAGCAUGUGUUCUGUUGUCAACCCAAAAGAUGGCAGGAUCUCCUGUCAAGGGUUGUAUCUCAAUCAGCCACGAAGGAAACCUAUUUUCACAAAAUGCUGAGCUAAGAUGGGACAACAGGAGUGUUAAACAAGGGAUGAAGUAUCAGAAUGGCGCAGGAGGAAUGCACAGCCUCCAUGUGAAUAUGGUCGUGGACAAGGUGUCUCCUGCACCGUGUCCCUCACAUUCAGUCUUUACUAAAAUCCAAACCAACCUCAGAGAUCGCAUUGAGUACACAGCUUUGGUGGCCCUUUGCCCUUCACUGCCAACUCUGACAUGGUCAGGAUGCCACAGGCUGAACUCUGGAGAGGAGUUGUUCUACACGAAGUCCCGUCUGUCAGCAACGGGCCGACCAAACCUGUGCAGCCUCACGCUCACCCUGACCAACUCAUCCACCGCUCAGAGCUCCAAUCUGACUCUUUUCACUGAGUCUCGAAUGGGUAACUGGAGUGUCGAGAUAGGAGGCAGCGCUUUUUCAUGGCUCCAGGGCUCCGGUCUUCUUGUACGUGCUAGACUGGACCACAGAGAAGAGCUGUGGUUGAAUGGAACAAUGGAGGGAAGAUGUGUCCAGACCACUGCAGGUUAUAGAAACGGUUAUGGUCUCAGUGAGGACGUGUCUGUGGUGGCAUGUUUGGGGAUAAUUCACAAUUUCACCCUGGACAUACAAAAAGGAGACGGCAGCAACCAACCUGAAAGUUUGGGAAGUCUGUCCGCGGUAGCAGCCAAUCAGAAGCUAACAUUGAGUGCAAGAGGCUGUGUGGAGAGUCUUACUGCAUUAGAGGUACGCAUACAAGCUGUAAGCUCUCAAAUCAGAAACAAACUCUUGGAGAGAAUCAAGACAAUGAAACAUCUCUUGGCUGAAUUCAGUCAACAGUCCAGAGACAGCGAGUUGCUCCAAGAUCUGAGUGCCAUGCCUUUGCUUUUUGCCCAGCAAGCACAGUCUCUGUUGGGACACAAAGGCAAGAGUUUUUUGGCUUUGUGGCACAGCAGCUCCCUCCGACACAUUGUCACCACCAGCCUGCCUCGAUGUCUCGAACUUAUACAGCAUACCUCACUGCUGGGACAAAUGGAGCUCAGGAGGCCCCUGGCCACUCUUGCAGGCGUGUACCAGGAUGUCAAAGGCCAACAGCUGGAGACUGUGUGGAGGGAGGCUGUGGUUCUGUGGGCUGACAAAGUUCUGCAGGGUGCCCCAGGUCUGCUGGAGAGUCCCCAGCUAAGGCCGCUCACUCAAGGGGCCAUGGUUACCAUCAAGCAUGCCGUGGAUUUUGCAGGCCAGCACGUCUACCACUGGGUAGAAAGUAAGUUGGCAGCGACUUUUUCCGGACUCAGGAAACAACUGGCCUCACUCUAUAAAUAUUCCCCGAGUGAGUGUUCUGUUGCGGUGUCAAUAUCAUUGCCCCCUCUGCGCUGGACCCGUGCGGCUGAGGCUGGUCUGGUGGGGAUCCUUUUAGAAGAGGGGCUCCUUAAGCCUCUACAAAGCCUCACCUCCAUUCAACCAACUGCUGAACUUUAUCGCCUCAAGAAGAAGAUCAUGGACAGCCCAUUUAAUCACCAAGCUCUGCUGGUGGCAGAUCAGUUUGUGGUCACCUUCGACGGCCAUCUUUAUGAGCUGCCAAGCUCGUGCCCAUUUCUUCUGGCCCAAGACACCACUGUUGAUCCCUCAUUUUCACUUCUUCUCAAUUCACACCCACACGACUUUCUCCUGCUUCGAAUGAAUAACAGCACACUCAGCAUUCAGCGCAAUGGGCAGGUAAAGGUUCGAUGCAACAGCAGUGUGACACACACGUGGCAGAGUGACAGCGGUGUCACUGUCCAAAGGGGAUCGCGCAUCGUGCGGGUGUCCAAUCAUGAGGGUGUGUCGCUGUCAUGUGACCUGAGACUUGAAGUGUGCAGCUUGACUCUCGAUGGAUGGUUGCACGGCAUGUCGAGUGGUCUGUUGGGGACCAAUGACAAUGAAGCAGGAAAUGAUUCACCUUUGCCCGAUGGCUCCCAAGCUAAAAAUAUGAAUGAAUUUUUCUCUAGCUGGCAGAUGAUCUCAGAGUGUGCAAAACCGACAGCUAAAACAGAACUUGUGGCCACAAGGGCAAUGACAUGUGACUUCCUGUUCUCCUCUCCUGAUUCCCCUCUGAGUUCCUGUUUUAGGGUGGUGGAUCCUGGUCAGUUUUCCUUGCUAUGCGAGUCAAGCUCCUCUGCAGCCCCUUGCCGAUUAGCGUCUGCUUUUGUUCAUCUGUGCCAACACAACUACGUACCCCUGGAAGUCCCCGUCCAGUGUAUGAAAGAGUUAAGAUGGACAACUUUAUAAGGAGCCAAAUUGAGACAUUCGUGACUUAUUUGCUGCUGCACCCGAAUCGACUUUUAAAGCCUGGUUUGGUGCAUUCCGUACAAUUCUGUAACUUUAUGCAAACAGACAG